AUGCGUUUGGAUAAAACCAUUCAUCAGUCAUUCGGCCACCCUGUCACAGAUACCACCAAACCUGGAUAUCAGGUGACGUGCCCCGAGGAUUUUGAACCAGAAGAUCAACGAAUGGAGGAAUUGGAGCAACUUUUCGACCAGUGGAACGAUCCUACUUUGACUUUCGCCCAGCGCAUGAGAAAUGGAGAAACAAUGUCUCCUGGUUUUGCCCUUUUGGUCAGGAAAGGAGAAGAUGGACAGCCGUGUCAUAUCAUGUUUAUUUCCAAUCCGGUCUUGACCAAGCCAGAUGUAAUGGAACCCAAUACUUUUGGAGCUCCGGCUCCCUUUGGGGAAAUUGUCAAUAAUGAUAUUGCGCAAAACAAUGUCUGCUUGUCCUGUGGGAUUUGUCCGGCGAGUGAUGGUUUCGAGGCCUUUCACGAGAGUAUUACCAAUCGGAAAAAGAUAUUCACUGGUCUUCUUCACCUAUUGACGUCAAGGAAGACUAUCAUUGAAAAUUGGUUCAAUGCCGUUAAGGCCAGCCCUGCAAGUUUUGCGGUACCCGUGGUGGAUGCUCUGCCGUUUUGGUCCUGCUUUCCCACUGAGCAUGACCCAGUCGACGCCCGUGUUUUGGAUGUGGCCUUACUAGCUCCAUUCCAAGAACAAAUGGAUCGUUUCCUUCGGAGCCACUUGAUGCAACUCAUAUACAGAAGUGGAUCCUUACCUACGUCGACUCUUGGGUUCAAGAUGCGUGCUUGGGUCAGGAUGCAUAAUAUGCGCCUGGCGGAGUCUUAUCCUACUGCCUUGGGUAUUACGUUACCACCUGAGUGUCAGGCCUUUGUCAACUACCUCUUCCCUUUUGAGGAUGAAGACAAGGGAUGGGAUGGUCGUAUCCCUAAAUGGUACAAGACGCUUGAUUUAGAUUCGGGAACUGAGGUUCCGGACUCGUACUUGCAAUACACCCCUCGCCCGCUGCCGUCGUCUGCCCAAGAUCCUGACGAUUAUGUUACACAGAGGUUGACAGUGCCUCCAGUAGCACCUCCUGCCGCUUUGCAACCGAUGGAUGAUGAUCUGGCGGAAUUCCUUCAGGCUACCAAGCGACACAAGCCCAAUUCCCGUCGAUCACCGGUCCAUCCGCCAGUUACCCCCGCUCCAGAAGACUCUUUUGUCUUGACGGAGGAAGGAAACUUCGAAGAUGGACAUGGUACUAAUUAUG